AUAUUGGCCUCCUAGGACUUUCUUUAAAACAAAAGAGGAAGUACAUAUAUGGGUAGAGGGAAGAUUGUGAUCCGGAGAAUUGAUAAUUCUACGAGCAGGCAGGUGACUUUUUCGAAGAGAAGAAAUGGAUUGCUGAAGAAGGCGAAGGAGCUGUCGAUCCUUUGUGAUGCGGAGGUUGGAUUGAUUAUCUUCUCUAGCACCAACAAGCUUUAUGAGUAUGCAAACACUAGGUCAGAUUCCCUGACUCAAUCUAACUCUCUCUUUGUCUCUUGGGAAAGUGCUGCAUAUAACAGACUGAAAAUUAAUUCCUCUUCUUCCUCCUCCUGCCUGGAUCACUGAGCUGAGCCUGAGUUCAGUGUGCUUUCUCAUAUUCCUUGGAUGGAUAUAAAUUCGGUUUUGAAUUCUGUAGGUAUAUCUAAGCAAGAAAUUAAUGAGGGAUAACUGAAUAGUAGGUUCUGUAUGUCAUCUCUGGCUGGAGGAAUGACUUUUUUUGUUCAAAUUAUAAAAUUAAUGUAAGCUU